AUUUUCACAAUGGGCGGCAUCGUAUCGAGUCUUGUUACUUCCACAGCUUGUUGCUUUGGUCAGGCUGCUCUCUCCUGCUGUUGUGCUAAUUUAUGUGGUGCAACAAGUUCUAUUGCAUCCAGAGUCGGAUACUCUAUGAUGUUCAUGAUGACUGCUGGACUUUCUUGGCUGAUGCUGACAGAUUGGGCGGAGAAAAAACUAAAAGAUAUAAGUUAUGGCUAUUUGGAUUUGCAAUGUCCGCAGGGAGAAUGUCAUGGUGUUUUGGCUGUUUAUCGUAUAUGUCUUGCCACAUCCUUGUUUCAUAUGAUUAUGGCUGCAUUCAUGUAUAAAGUGAGAAGCAGCAGAGAUUGGCGUGCACAUGUUCAGAAUGGAUAUUGGGCUUGGAAGUUGCUGGCAUGGGCUGCUUUGAUUGUUGCUGCAUUCUUUCUUCCAAAUGGAUUUGUUAUGGGAUGGGGAUCGUACAUUGAUAUGCCUGGUGCUGCUAUUUUCAUUCUUGUGCAAGUAGUUCUGCUUGUUGAUUUUGCAUACACAUUUAGUGAAACUCUUUUGGCAUGGUGGGAAGAGCAUGAAGAUAAACGAUAUCUUGCGCUUCUUGUUUCGGUUACAUUCGGAUCAUAUAUUCUAUCACUUGUAGCAACCAUCAUCAUGUAUCUUUGGUUUGGUGCGCCAGGCUGUCAGCUGAAUCAAUUCUUUAUUUCUUUUAAUCUUAUUCUGUGCAUCAUUACAUCUGUGUUGUCAGCCAUGCCGCAGAUUCAAGAGGCAACACCCAAAAGUGGAUUAGCACAAGCAUCUAUGGUGACCAUUUACGCUACGUAUUUGGUAGCAUCAGCACUUGUAAGCAUGCCGGCAAGCAAGGACGAAAACGGUGUGUUGCAUUGUACGCCUCCACUCACCAAUUUGGACAAUACUCAGACCACAACGCUUGUGAUUGGAACCCUAUUUACGUUUCUUGCUUUGGCAUACAGUGCAUCUCGUGCUGCUACUCGACCCAAUUUUAUGAAUGAAAGCGGAGAUGGUGGUGACAGAUCGUCACAUUUGUAUGCUGCGGUCGAGAGCGGAGCCUUUCCAGCCAGUGCAUUGGAUGCUGACGAUGACCCUGACAGAUCUCACUCCACUCCAUUUGGAACUUAUCGACCUCCAGUUGAUGAUGAGGUCGAGGCAGUACGAUACAGUUAUAUGCUUUUCCAUCUUAUUUUUGUAGUUGCGUCCAUGUAUCUAGCCAUGCUUGUCACAAAUUGGGAUACUGUAACGAUUACCAAGGAUGAUUUUGCAGUUGUUGGAAAGAGUUAUGCAGCAGCUUGGGUUAAGAUUGUCAGUGGAUGGCUGGUGUUGAUCGUGUAUGCCUGGACAUUGGUUGCACCAAUCAUAUUACCUGAUCGUCACUGGGAUUAAAACCUAAUAAAAUUGUUAGUAGUAUAGUUAGGGCACC